CAAAUCCUGCUUGAGAUGCUGCUUGUGUUCGAGCAGAGCUAAUCACUGCAGCAGGAAGACUAGCUCGCUGUCAGUCUUGUUGCAGUCCGUGCUCAGGCUGUGUGUGUGUGUGCAAAAAGUCUGCUCAAGAGUUUCCGGACCAGUGUGAUUGCCACGGUGAGAAGCGACAGUCUCCUUCAGGAAAGCUGGAUUUUUUAAUGCCUGUUGAUUGCCUUUGAAGUGCGGGAAGAAGCUGCAGUGAAAGUGCAAUAAGGUACCCGGUGUAACGGGAAAGUGGGGUUUUGGCACCAGGCGCCUUUGGAACUGGAGGGGGCGAGAGAGAGAGAGAGCCAGGAAUUAAAAAUCCCACCCUGCACAUGUCUGGGCUCGCUCUGCCUUUAGUCGAGCGGGGCAAGGAACGGAGGACAUUCCCGCAGAAUCAACCCCCUUCAGGGACCAUCGAGAUAAAAAGCCUGAUUCAUUACAAGAUGCGUCACACAUAAUGGCUAACUGCAAGGGAGUCUCUGGCAAGAGGCUGACAUCACUGAACCUAGUGACUGGGUUCCUUCAGUAUCUCCACGAUGAGCAGGAAGCUGUACAGAAGAGAACUUUCACGAAAUGGAUCAAUUCUCAUUUGGCCAAGCGUAAUCCCCCGAUUAUAGUCGAUGAUUUAUUUGAAGAUAUCAAGGAUGGUGUGAUGCUCUUAGCCCUCUUGGAAGUUCUAUCUGGACAGAAUUUGCCUUGUGAACAGGGGCGAAAGUCAAAACGCAUCCACUGGGUGAACAACAUCGGAAAAGCUCUGAAAUUUCUCGAGGGCAGGCGGUCGGUCUACAGAGGAUCACCGAUUAAACUGGUUAACAUCAACUCCACUGACAUCGUUGACGGGAGGCCAUCGAUUGUGCUGGGUUUGAUCUGGACCAUCAUCUUAUACUUCCAGAUCGAAGAGCUGACCAGUAACCUGACGCUGCUAACAUCGCUAUCCAGCAGCACCUCCUCAGUGGACAGUGUCGCCAACUCCGAGACUGGGAGCCCCCCAUCUAAGAGGAAGGUUGUCACCAAAUACAGGGGCAGUGCCAAGAAGGCUCUCCUGAAAUGGGUACAUUACACUGUAGGAAAGCGACUUGGUAUCGAGGUGAAGGAUUUUGGGCAGAGCUGGAGGAGUGGACUUGCCUUUCAUUCUGUCAUUCAUGCUAUCCGCCCGGACCUGACGGACUUGGAGAAGGUCCAGAGCCGGUCGAACCGGGAGAACCUGGAAAGUGCUUUCUCCAUUGCUGAAAAUCAACUGGGAAUUCCAAGGAUCCUGGAUCCUGAAGAUGUGGAUGUUGACAAACCCGAUGAGAAGUCAAUCAUGACCUACGUAGCUCAGUUCCUCACACAUUAUCCAGAUCCACGUGAGACUGAAAGCGAACCUCUUGAGGAGGAGCGAGAGGACAGAUCGAUGCUGAGGGAGGCGAGAGCUUGGCUUGAGCAGUUUGAAAGAGACAUCACGAGGAUGCAAGUCGCUGAGGCUGGGCUUGAAGAGCGAUAUGAGCUGUUCAAAAGUUUUCAAGGCCAGUAUGAAGCUAAAAAGAAGCAUGUAGAAGUUUUAAUUCAGCCCGCACAGAAAGAUGGGAAACUGUCACUGGAUCAGGUCACAGUGAAGCAAGUCUGGGACAGAGUGUCAGCUAGGCUUCUGGACUGGCAUAUCAUGCUGGACAAGUCACUCCCUCCACCCCUGGGAACCAUCGGAGCCUGGCUGCACAGAGUGGAGACUAUUCUCGGGGAAGAAAUAGUCAUCCAGCAAGCCCACGAUGAAACGGCCAACACCAUCCACAGGAAACUGGAGCAACACAAGGAUGUGAUAAAGGCGUUAGAAGGUCACAAGCAAAUAUUCCACCAGAUCUACAGGGCAGGGUCAGUGAAUGGGGUCCCGAUCCCAGCAGACCAGCUGGAAGCUGUAGCAGAACGGUUCGAAUUCAUUACAACUGCAUCCAAGCUCCAUCUGACGAGGCUGGACUUCCUGGAGUUGAAAUAUCGCCUCCUGGCCUUCCUGGUACUGGCUGAAACCAAACUCAAAUCGUGGAUCAUCAAAUAUGGCAGAAAGGAAUCCGUGCAGCAUCUCCUCCAAAAUUACAUAUCAUUUGUUGAGGGCAACAAGUUCUUUGGACACUAUGAGGUCACCUUCCAGUCUCUGAAGCAGGCAGCUGACGCCUACCUGAAGGUUGAGGACUCAGCCGAAGAGCGAGAGAAUGUCAACAAGUUCCUGAGCGACUCGAUGGUGCAGUGGCGCAAUCUGUCCGUGGAGGUGCGCAGUGUGAGGAGCAUGCUGGAGGAGGUGUUCACCAACUGGGACAAAUACAGCAGCACAGUGGCAGCUCUACAGGCUUGGCUGGAAGAUGGGGAGAAAGUGCUGAACCAGCCAGAACUCGCCAAGAAGGACUUCUUCCGACACCUCCCUCACUGGAUCCAACAGCACUCUGUCAUGAACGACGCUGGAAACUUCCUCAUUGAGACAUGCGACGAGUCAGUCUCUCGAGAUCUCAAACAGCAGCUGCUCUUAUUGAACGGGCGUUGGAGGGAGCUCUUUGUCAAAGUGAAACAUUAUGCCCGAGCAGAUGAAGUAGACAAGUUGAAGAAGGAGUACCUAGAUGGAGUAUCUGCUCUGAAGAUCUUUGUGGAAACAGCGAAUGAGAAACAGAACUCCCCAGUGGACGUGUCUUUCCUCAAUAUCAAGACUUAUGUGCAAGAUAUGGAGGUUAUAAAGCAAAAGGUGCCAAUAAUGGAAGCUCAGUACAAACUGGUUUCCAAGACAGCACAGCAGUUAACAAAGGACACACCACAGGAUGAAGUAACACAGAUGCUGGCCACCAUGUCUACCAUUAAGGACCAGCUGAUAAAAGUACGAGAACGCUGUCAGUGUUUGCUGCUGGAAGCUCAGCAGUUGCUGAACCCUCUGGAAGAGCUGGAGAAAGAGAUCACAGCUUUCUUUGAAUCGUUGAAUCAUGCCAAUCAGAUCACCUCCCCCGGGGAAGCGGAGGGCCAGUCUGUGGCCAGUUUCAAGCCGAGACACCAGGAAUUGGCAAGCUGUGAAGAGAAUUGCAAGCAAGCAGUGACAGCAGCAGAGAGGAACAUGCAGGCAGUUCAGAGCCUGCUGAGUGACAGCAAAGUCCUCAGGCACCUGGAUCUCUCCAUUCUCCAGAAGAAACUGCUCCAGAUUCAGUCAGCAUUCCAGGACCUGGUGAAGCAGGGAGCAGAAUGGCGGACACGUGUGGAAACAAACAGUAACCUGCUGAAGCGAUUCGAAGACUGCAGGAAGGAGCUGGAGAUGGUCCUGCAGUCGGCCCAGACAGCCAUGCUGGAAGAGGGGAACCCCAAUCAGCUGUUGGCAAGGCACACGGAUUUCUUCGGACAGUUAGAUCAGAGAACAUUGAAUGCUUUUCUGAAGGCCUGUGAUGAGCUGACUGACAUCCUCCCUGAGCAGGAACAGCAAGGCCUCCAGGAGACUGUCCGCAAUCUGCACAAACAGUGGAAGGACCUUCAGGCCGAAGCACCCUACCAUUUGCUCCGCCUCCAGAUUGAAGCAGCCAGAAACAAGCUGGUGGACACGAUAGAGGAAUGUAAGAUGGAACUAGCUCGGGAGAACAAGCUCCUAAUUAGCACCGACAGUGAAGAGCUAAUUGUACAGCACAAGGAGUUUUUCUCGGACAAAGGGAAGUUCGAGUGGUGCAGGAAGCGGGGCAAAGUGAUCGGCGACCUCUGCCAGAAACUGCCGGAAACUCGGAAGUAUGAAGGGAUCCGGACAAAGCAUGAAAUGGACAAAAAGACGCUGAGAGAAUUGCAAGGACUUAUCGAUGCCACCUACCAGAAAAUAUUGGAUCAGCCAGACAAAUGGAAGGAGUACAGGGCGAGAUAUUCUGAACAAUCAAAAUGGCUUGUGACAAAGAACAAACAGCUGGCAGAGAUUCGGAAUGCAGCCUCCAAUACCAGAAAGUACAGAGAGUUGAAAUCGGUUCUGGAGGGAAUUAAGGAAGAAGCAAGCCGCGAGGAACCAAACAUUUUGUGGUUGAGAUCCAGACUUGCUGCUCUCAGGGCAAUCUCUUCAGAGAGUGAAGCCAAGCGGCAAGAUGAGGAGCUGUCCAAGCUCACAGCUGAAUUCAACAGGCUCCUGACCCAAGUGGACGAGUGUGAUAAGCUGCUAUCCAGUGUUGGAGAAUACAUUCAGCUCAGAGAUGAGGUCAGGAGCAUCCUGAAGCAAGUCACCGACUCCCAGCAGGAACUGCAGGCAGAAGGGGAGCGAAUACUGGAUUCCAAGAAUCUUCAAGAAGCACAAGACCUCCACCUGCGUUACCAGCAACGAGCAAAACAGCUUGAGGCGAGGAGACGCGACCUGCAGCAGCUCCUGGCCCGUGGGAGGGAGUUGCAGCCAGCUGCUGAGCUCUCUAUGUCCUCCCGGGAAGAACUGCAGAGCCAGGAGGCAGCCCUCCAGGCUAUCAAGAGAGCAAUGGACAAAGAAGAGAGAGAACUGGAGGAGACACUAAAUCGAUGGCAGCGUUUCGAAGAGGAGAAGGAGGAGCUGACGGAAUUCCUGAACCGAGCUGGAAUGGGCACAGAUUACGAUCGCUUGUUUAGCAGCCUGGAGAGCCUCAGCUCAGAGCUUGAGCAAGCAAAGGCCUCUUGCAGAGACAGUGAAGAUAAGGCAGCCCAGGCUGAGGGCCUCUUACAGACAUUGGAAAACCUGAGAGUGGGUCCAAACAGCAAACAGUCCCUGCAGCAACAGUCCGGAACGCUGAGAGACAAGGCUGUAACUGUCCGAGCUAAGCUGCAAAGCAAUGUGAAACAUCUGGAAGAGGUCAGGGCUCUGUGGGCGAGCUUAUUAGCAAGGUUCGAGCCUUUGGGCCACUGGAUGGUUGAGAAACAGAAAGAUUUGAAAGAUGUAGAGGCGUUGUCGCUCCCACUGGAGGAGAAGCUUUCCAAAGUUAAGCUUCUUGUUAAUGCCGUGGUCUCAAAGUCCAAAGAGGUUAAGAGCUUGGAAGAGGAGUCCCAGAACCUGGCCCAGUUCGUCACCUCCGGUGAGAUUGCUCGUGUCAAGGUACGGUUGACCCAAAUAUCCAGGCAGUGGGAAGAUCUCCAUCAACGCGCUCAGGAGGUGGGCAGUGAAGUGCAGAACCGCGUCUCCCUGCAACAAAAGCAUGAAGAGGGCCUCAAGAAGGUCCAGCAAACACUGGCAGAGGUGGAGGCCACAUUGAUGGAGAAAACCAACAAAUGCUCCUCAGCAGAAGAGGCUAACCGGCUGUUACAGGCACACCAGGAGUUCUGUCAGACCAUCGACCAGAUAAGAACCCCAAUGGCAUCACUCUCGACAACUGUCCGCAGAGUCAGCAACAGGGACGAAGCUGCUCAGGAACUGAAUACCCUGCAACAAAAGUACGAGAGGGUGCAAGAUCAGGCCAAGGAAGUACAGGUGGUGCUGGAAGAUCUGCUGUCUCUCUGGCAGAAGUAUGAGAAGGACCUGUCCAGCUUUGUCUCUUGGCUCGAGAGGCAUGAAGCAAUCACAGACUCCUGGUCACCCUACCUCCCUUCUGACCAAGCCAAGCUACAAAAUGAAGUACGCGCUCUGAAGGAGCUACAAUCUGAGGUGAUGUCCCAGGAGUCAGUCCAUAGGAGCAUUGUGUCACAAGCCAAGGCCCUGUACCCAGCCGCCUCAGAGGAGAAUGUGAAGGCAAUGAAAACAAACUUACAACAGCUGGACAAGAGGUGGCAGAGUCUGUCCCACGCUGUCAAGAAACGGAUCCGCUUGUUCGAAGAAACAAUUGAGAAACACCAGCAGUUUGAUGAGUGUUUGCUGAGGUUUUCCUACUGGGUUGAACGAUUUCUAAGUGGCCUGCAGUCAACCUCCGAGAUCAUUUCCACGGAUCUGCAGCCUGCGUUGAAUCACAUAAAGGACCAGGCCGGAGCUGUGGAACAGCAGCGUGCUGAACAACAGAGUCUCAAUAACCAGGUGGAGCAACUGUGCUCCAUGUGUGAGCCUCAGGAUCAGCUUCUCCACAGCAGGACUGAGGAGUGCUUCCAGCUUUUCCAGGAAGCCAAUCAGGUUGUUGAGCGAAGGAAGGAAGUUCUCGGACAGCUGGCCUCCUUCCUGGAAACUCACAGAGCUGCCAGAAAUGUGCUUCACAGGGUUAGGAAGACAGUGGAGACAGCAACCAACUGGGAUAAGGUUAAGACGGAAUUGCUGGGCAAAGAGCUGGGUGACGUGACACCAGACAUUAAGCAGUUGGAAUCCCAAGCCACGGCCCUCGAUGCACUCAUCAGUAAAGCUCAGUGCCAUAUGAAGGACGUGGGAUCCGACUCAAGGACCUCCUGUCGAGCCUUGGCCGAAGGAUUGGAGGCAGAACUGGAGUCUGUCCAGAACCUGUUGGGCACCAAACAAAGUGAGGCCGAAGCACUGAACUCUCUGUGGAAAUCUUUUAGAGAGCGCAAGGAACAGUUGCUGAAGUCUAUUGAAGACAUUGAAGAGAAGGCAGACAAUGAGACUCUGAAAGAGCCUACUCUACCAGCUUUACAACUCAGAUUGAGGUUGUUCAAUCAGCUGGAGGAAGAGCUCAGCGCACAACAGCAUGAGCUGCAGUGGCUAAUGGACAGAGCGAAACAGCUGACUCAGAAAGAUAAGACUUUAGCCGCAGAAGCUGAGAAGGAAAUUAACCUACUGGAGGUGACUUGGAAUGACACCAAGAAGCUAAUCAAUGACAUCCAAGAUCAGGCCUCCUUCCUGAUGGGCCUCAUGAGGGACUGCCACAGCUCCAAGGCCUCUCUCCUCAAAGUGAUUGAAAAUUCUGAAGCGGUGGCUGUGAUCAAGUCGAGUUUAUUGGAUCAAGAAGACUUAAGGAGGACACUGUCCAGGCAUGAAGUGGUGAAGUCUGAGUUAAACGGAACUCAGGAACAACUUGAUGAAUUCACCUCGAAAGCCAAGCAACUGUUGGGUGAAUUGAAGAAGAUUCAUGGCUGUGAUCCCAUGCCUUUCAAACAAGAUCUGGACAGUGUCCUGGACCAGUGGCUAGAUGUUUCUGAGCGACUCGACAACAACAUUGAGAGGCUAAGUAAGAGUCUUGCUCUGUGGGAGGAUGUGCUCAACACCAGCGACGAGAUUGACACUUGGUCCAAAAGUUCUGUCUCUGAACUCAAUGAAAUGGUGGGCAACUUGAGUGACAGCCAGAGAAUGGAAGGGAGACUGCUGGACUUCCAGUCUGAUAUCAAAGCUAAAGGGGAAAAACUCAAGACCCUGCAUUCUAAAGUCUGCGAGCUGACAGAGCUAUCUAAAUGUCAGGAGCCACCAGCUGUACUGCAGGCCGUGGAAGCGGAAUCACGCAAGAAGCUGGAGCAUGCUCAGGAGGUGUCUGAGGCAGCCAGAGAGACACUGAAAGAUUUUAAUACCCAGAGGAGCCAGAUGGAGAAGUACAUCGAGAACCUCAGUGACUGGUUACACAUGGUGGAGCGAUCGCUGUCGGCCUGUGCUGAGGGCCGCGAUACUGAGGAGCUGAGGAGAGUGAAGGAACUGGACCUGGAGCUGGUUAACCAGCAGAGCAGCAUCGAUACGGCCCGAGAGAACCUGAACAGUUUUUACCGCAAAUACCACUCGACAGGGCUGGAGGGCUUGGGCGGCACACUCACCGAGCUGAUCAAACAGUACGAAAGUGUCAACCAGCUCUCCUCCAAAACACAAGCCAGGCUCCAGGAUGCACUGGAAGAGCAAUUCAGUGGAUUUUUGCAGGAGUUUGAGCAGUGGCUGUGUGAUGCAAGGACCUCAGUGAAGGAAUGUGGUGACCAUUCAGGGGAUGCACAUAUCAUUGAGGAGAAACUGCAGAAACUCGAGGAAUUUCUGACUAGGGCGAGCGUAGGGCAGAGCAAGCUGGAUGUUGCAGUGGCCAAAGGAAACAAACUGGUGCCACAUUUGCCCAAAGCUCGUGCCUCGCAGGUUCAGCAGCAGCUGGCAAACAGCCAAGAGGAAUGGCAGAGCUUCCUGAAUCAGUGCGAACGGAACAAGAAAACUUUGGCAGACUGUGCAGAAGAGCUGACCAGCUUCGAGAUCCUUCACAAGAAGCUGAGCUUAUGGCUGCAGCAGGCAGAAGGCCGAGUGGCCACAGAGUCCAUUGGAGAGAACACAAAGAACAUCCCUGUGAUGCAGGUGGAGGUGGAGAGGAUGGAAGAUUUCUACGAGGAGAUUCAAGGACGCAGGGACACUUUCGACAGCUUGUGCCAGAAGGCGCAGACACUGUACGAGCUGGGCUACGGAGAGGGAGGGGCCACUCGGCCUGCCUCACAGCUGCUAGCCAGGCACCAGCAGCUGGCCAAGACAGUGAAGGAGAAGCUGAGAGCCGGCCAGCUGGGGCUACAGGAGCACCAGGUCUUCGAGGAAACGCUGCAGAGCACAUGGACCUGGCUCAGAGAGGUUCAGAGCAGAAUCACGGCCAUUGAUAGCACCAUGGGCAGCAAGGCCACGCUGGAGAAACAUCUACUUCAGAUCCAGGAGAUCCUGCUGAUGAAGGGUGAAGGCGAGGUGAAGCUGAAUAUGACGAUUGGUAAAGGAGAACAGUCCCUGAAGAGCAGUAAACAGGAAGCAAGGGAUGCUAUUCAGAGCCAGCUUCAGGCGCUCAAGGAAGCCUGGGCCAGAGUUGUCAGUAGCUCAGUGAACUGUCACAGCCAGCUGGACUGGGUGGUGGCGCAGUGGAAUGGGUUCCUGGAAAGUAAGAAGCAGCUGCAGCAGUGGAUGGAGAGGAUGGAGCAGGGAGUGAGCCAGGACCUGGAGCUGCAGAACGACCUGAAGGACAAGCUCUUGCAGCUGGAGAGGUCCCAGAGUCUGCUGGCCGACGUUGAAAAGCACUCGGCCAUUCUUGCCCGGCUGGUUGAGAAAGCCCAGGAGCUGCUGGAGAGAACUGGUGACCCAUCUUUCACGGAGGACGCACAGCUCGAGAUGAGGACCCAGUUUGCUGAUAUUGUUGUGGUUGCCAAGGGAAAGGUGAAGAAGCUGGAGGAACACGUGCAGGACCAUCAGCAGUAUAACGUCGCUGUGCAAGAACUAACUAACUGGCUGACCUCGGCAAAGGAGGAACUUCACCGAUGGUCAGAUUUAUCAGGAGACUCGACAGCUCUGCAGAGAAAACUGAAGAAAGUCACGGAGCUGAUCGUUUCCAGACGGAAUGGCAAGGAGCGUCUGAACAGAGUGGAGGCUCUGGCCGCGGAGGUCGGGGAGCAGACGGCAGCAAACGGACAGGAGGCACUAGCCAGGGAGUUGGAUGCCCUGCGGGCGGACUGGCAACAGUGGGAAGGGAGCACCCUGCAAGCGCAGAGCGGCCUGGAGACCAUGCUCAGCCAGACCACUAGCUCCGAGCAGGAGUUUGAGGCACAGAUCACACAGCUGGACAAGGACCUGCAGGAGUUCAAGGCCACUCUCGCCGCCUGCUCGCACAGCCUGUCCCAGCUGCAGGACAAAACAACAGAUGAAGAGGUUGUGGAAUGCUGGCAGAAAGCAAAGGAGACAGAGGAAGCUCUGAAAGAAGCAGAAAGCAUGAGUGAGUCACUGAAAGCUCAACUCAACGACCUCUGCAGAUUUUCUAAGGAUUUGAGCUCACAUUCAGAUAAAGUUUCUACUCUGAUCAAAGAAUACAACAGCCUUUGUUUGCAGACUGCAAAGUAUAGUCAGAAUAAGGAAAAGGCAUUGGAGCAGCGAUUCCGCGUGACCUUCAGGGAGUUUCAGCAGUGGAUGAUCAACACCAAAAUCACCACCUGCUUCGAUACACCUCAAAAUAUUGAUGAAGCAACUGCAAUCAUUCAAAAACUGCAGGAUUUCCUGUCGGAGAGCGAGGCCUGCCAGAGCAAACUCAACACUCUCAUUUCCAAAGGCGAGCUGCUGAGCAGGAUCCUCAGCAAGGAGAAGGCUGAAGCCAUCCAGGCCAAAGUAUCCACUGCCAAGGAGGACUGGAAGAACCUGCUCACCAACCUACACCAAAAGGAAGCUGCCUUACAGAACCUGCAGUCUCAGAUGAAGGAUUUCGAAGCUGGUGUUGGGCCUGUACAGGAAUGGCUGGUUGCCACGGAAGCGGCAGUACAAGGGAGCAGCAACCAGCUGCCCGACCUGCUGGCCAAGAAGAACGAGCAGUUCAGGCUCCAGUCUGUCCUAGAGGAUAUAGCCUGCCGUGAACCCCAGCUAAACAAGCUGAAAGAGAAAGCUCAGCACCUAUGGGAAGACCAAGCUUCCAACAAGAGCUUUAUGCACAGAGUCUCUCAGCUGUCCGCUUGGUAUUUAGCCUUAAGUAACUUGGCCAAGGAGAAGGCACUAAGAGUUCAGCGAACUGUGUCUGAACAUCAGCAGUUCUCGCAGGGUCUGAAGGAGUUACAGGACUGGCUGACUGAUGCCAGGCACAUGCUGGAGUCUUACUGUGCCCCCACUGCUGAUAAAAACCUACUGGACAGUCGGAUGGCAAAGGUUGAGGCUCUGCUUGCCCUGCGGCAGGAGAAGGAGAUCCAGCUGAAGAUGGUGCUGACCCGCGGGGAGUUGGUACUCAGGAGCACCUCUCCCGAGGGCACUGCUGCCGUCCGCGAGCAGAUGGCGGGUCUGAAGGAUUUGUGGGACUCGCUGCUGUCCUUCUCCAUCCAGUGCAAGAGCCAACUUGAGGGAGCACUAUCCCAGUGGACCAGUUACCAGGACGAUGUCCGACAGUUUAUGAGCUGGAUGGAUCGGAUGGAGGGAGAUUUGAAGGUGUCUGAACGACAAUGUACAGAACUUAGGGACAAAGCAGCAGCACUGGGCAAAGCCAAGUUACUGUACGAAGAUACUCUGAGUCACAGCCGCCUGUUGGAGACGAUCCAGGCUAAAGGCGAGAGCAUGGCCCAGCACUACGUUACCCGCUUGGAGCUACAGGAACUGCAGGAGAGGUUCGGUAAUCUGAGUGAAAAGUCCAAGGAGGGCACUAGGAAGGCCGAAGAACUGCUUCUGCUGCACCAGGAGUAUCAGCGGGGUCUGAAAUCAUUUGAGGAGUGGCUGGAGCAGGAGAAAGAGAAUCUCUGCUGCUGCUCCCACCUGGGGAAUGAUGUUGAGACCCUUGAAAGCACGCUACAAGACCUAGAGGACUUGGAGAGGCACUGCACUGAAGGCCAGGCUUUAAUGAGUGCAGUUCUUCAGAGCCAGGAGAAGAUGACCCUGUCCGGGUCUACAUACAUGGAGGAUCGCAUUCUCGAAUCUGCGCAACGGGACUGGCACCUGUACCAGCGGAGGCUGGCUGAGACAAAGGAGAAGGUCAUUGCCACCCUGAGCACACUGAGGAAGCUGGAGAAGAUGUUCCAGCAGGUGGACGUGUGGCUCUCUGACCUCGAGGGCAAAGUUAACUUCCGGUCGGGGAGAAAGUCUGACCGAGACACAAAGCAGGCUCAGCUACAGCAGUUACAGAAAUGGAACGAGGAAAUCCUUGCUCGGAAAGAUGAAGUGGAAAGUGUUGGGUUGCUUGCUCAUCAAGUGCUGGAGGAGAGUCACAUCAACAGCAGUGUGGGAAGUCAAGCUACCCAUCUCGCUGCCCGAUACCAGGGCAUUCUGCUUCAUGUGGUGGACCAGUCCAAAUUGCUGAAAGAGGAACUGAGAGCUUUAGAAGAAGCUGACUCGGCACUGGGUACCUACACAGACUGGCUCCGUGCCACCCAAAAGAACUUUAGAAACAUGGCUGUGGCUUUGAAUGUGGUGGACAGGAUCGCCAUGGAAAACAAGAUUAAAAAAUUUGAGACACUGCACAAUGACAUUGACAUGGGGAACAGCUUACUGAAGAUGAUCCUUGAGAAGAGUGAGAGAGCUAUGGAGUUUCUGGAGGGUCCAGAGGCACAAGGACUGCGGGAAUCUAUGGACAGCCAUAUUGGCCAACUGAACGAGUUGACCAGCUCCAUUAGGAGGGAGCGUAGCAAUCUGGAGAAGUGUCUGUACCUUACAAAGGAGUUCCUGGACAAAUACCAGAGCCAGACCAAGUGGUUGGCAGAGUACCAGGCCAUCUUGCAGAUCCCAGUGGACCCCAAAGUGGAACUGUUUGAGAAGAAGGCCCAGCUGGCAAAGUACAAGGCCAUCCAGCAAACCAUCGUGUCUCACGAGCCAGGGAUAAAGUUGGUGAUCGAGAAGGGCCAGGCUGUGUUUGAGCUCAUUAACGACCCUGCUGUUAGCAGCAAUCUGAAGAGGCUGCAGUCAGAUUACCAGGAGCUGGGAUCCACAGCGAUGGUGUGUGUCCAGAAUCUGGAAGAGAAAGUGAGGGAGCAUGAGGAUUAUAACAGUAACCUGCAAGAGGUGGAGAAAUGGCUGCUGCAGAUCUCCACCAGGCUAGUGCUACCUGACACCACCCAGAGCACUAACCUGGAGAUGGCAACUCAGCAUCUGGCGAGGCACAAGCCAAUCAUGGAGGAGAUAGCCGGCUUUGAACAUGCUCUCGCAAGUCUGAGAAGCAAAGGGGACAGCCUGGUUGCCAACUGCACCGAGGAGCUUCAAGGAAAGUUUAAGCAUCAAGUCCAAGGUCAUCUGCAGGGGAUCCGGGACAGUUACUCUGCCAUCUGUAGCACAGCUCAGCGGCUGUACCAGAGUCUGGAACGUGAACUUCAGAAGCAUGUCAGUCACCAGGACACCCUACAGCAAUGUCAGGCCUGGCUCCAUUCCGUGCAGCAGGAACUGAAGCCCCGAGGCCACCCACCCACCAGCCCACGGAAAUCCCUCAAACAGGUGAAACAUUACCGGGCUCUGCAGGAGCAGGCGAGUACUUAUCUGGAACUGCUUUGCUCCAUGUGUGACCUGUCUGAUGACAGUGUGAAGAAGACAGCAGCAGAUAUCCAACACACUAAACAAGCGAUUGAGCAGCAGCUGAUCAGGUCUCAGGAGCUGGCCCUCGGUUGGGAGGAAGUGAAGAGACAGAAGGCUGAGCUGGGAGCCUACUUCCUGGAGACUGAGCAGCAGCUGCAGAGCCUGAGGAGGAGGCCAGCUGAAGUGGAGCUGAAAACUGCUCAGAAGCAGGUGGCCCAGGUGCAGGAUCUGGGUCGUCAUUUCCAGUCCAAGCAGGCGAACAUCACUGCCCUCACAGAGAAGGUCAGUACUCUGACAGAAGGCCACGAGUCGCCCGAACACUCCGAGAUUGGUCAGCUGAGCAACCAGUGGCUGGAACUGUGCCACCAGAUCAAUUCUCUUCUCUCACUGAGAGAGGAGGACCAGCAGAGAGCCAGAGAUUACCACGACCGAGUGAGCGUUGUGGAAGUGAUUUUGGACAAGUUCACAAAAGAGUGGGACAACCUGGCAAGGACUGAUGCCGAGAGCACGGCCGAGCACCUGGAAGCUCUGAAGAAGCUGGUGGGUGUUGUACAGGCACAAAGGUUUGUUCUGGAUGACCUGAAGGAGCAGAAGCAGAUGUUGAUGGACCGCCUGGACCCAGAAGACAAGGAGCUGAUCAAAGAGCAGAGUAGCCACUUGGAGAGACGGUGGGCCCAGCUGGAGGGCCUGAUUGAAAAGAAGAUACAGCUAUCUGCCCUGACCCUGGAGGAGCUGAGCCAGUGCCAGUCGAAGCUGGACGACCUGCUGGAGUGGGCGGAUGCUCAGGUCCACCUCUUCGGCGAGGCCCUAAGGUGCAGCCCCCAGGCCGAGCUGGCCCAGACCCUGCUUCCGGACCACAUCGCCAUCUGCAAUGAGCUGGAAUCACAGGAGCUGGCCCAAAGGGCGCUGACAGAGGAGGCCGAGAGGAUCGUGGCCCACCUGGGCCUGGAUGAGAGGCAGCGGCUACAGAGGGCCCUGAGUGCGUUACACGGCAGGAUGGCCUCCCUGCGCGAGGCGGUGGGCCAGCGCAGGAAGUACCUGAGUAAGGCCUUGUCGGACCGCACCCAGUUCCUCAUGGCCGUUGACCUGGCUUCCAGCUGGGUCCAGCAGAACCGGUGGUUGGCCACCUCCCAGGAGCAAGUAGCCCUCAUGCCAGCCGAGGUGGGCAAGCAGAUCCGGAGCUGCAAGAGCGUCGGUGCCCGGCUGAAGGAGUACCAGACGGAUGUGGCAGCCCUGUGGGCCCAGGGCAGGGAGCUGGCCAAGGAGGAUGAGACAUCCGAGAUUAUGGCUCGGCUUCAGGAGCUCCAGGCUACGUACGACUCGGCCGUGCAGGAGAGCGCCCAGAGACUGCAGGAGCUGGAGAAGGUCCUGCUCUCCAGGAAGUACUUCAAGGCCGAUCUGGACAGGGUGUGCCAGUGGCUGAAGCAGGCCGAUGUGGUCACCUUCCCGCAGGUCAGCCUGAUGGGCAGCGAUGCGGAGCUGUCCUCGCAGCUCGGCAGGUACCAGCAAGUUCUGGAACAGUCCGCCGAGCACGAGAACCUCCUGCUGCUGAUGCAGAGAGCCGGCCAUGAGCUGCUGCCCUCUCUCAGCGAGGCUGACCACUCCUUCCUGGAUGAGAAGCUGAACGCCCUGCCCCGGCAGUUCAACCGCAUCGUCGCCCUGGCCAAGGAGAAGUCCGAGAAGGUCCAGGAGGCUGUGGCAGCCCGCCAAGAGUACGUCUCUCUGGUCAAUCUGACGGCCAAGGCGCUGAGCGAGCUCGAGGAUCAGCUGACCCGCAUGAGCAAGGCCCGCCUCAGCCUCUCGUCGGAGGAGGCCGAGUCGGUGCAGAGUGACUACAGGGCCCUCCUCAAUGAGUUGAUGGGCCUGGGCAAGGCAGUCAGCGACCUGAACCAGAGGAAGGAGACCUUCCGGAGCUCCGGCCAGCCCUGGAUGCCGGACGAGGUGGCGGCCCUGUCCAGCCUGUACAGCCGCCUGAGGCGACAGGCCGAGCAGCAGCUGGGGCUCCUGGGCGACACCGUGGAGGCCUACCGGGAGCACGAGGCCCGCUCGCUUAGGCUGCAGGCCGCACUUCACACCCUGGCCGAAGAGCUGGUCAAAACCAACGAGGAAACCCUGUCGGUGGAGGAGAAGCUGAAGAAUUACCACGCUCUGGCGGGGACGGUGCAGGAAGCCAGCUCUCUCCUGAAGGGUUUGAUCGAGCAGGUGGAGCAGUUUUCACCCGAUUUGGACAGCAUGGCCCAUCUGGCAAGGAGCCAGCAGCUACAAGCCUGGAAAGAGGAGCUUCAGUCAGCGCAGGGAGCCAUCAGUACCAGGAUAAUGGAGUGCGAGAGCAGGCUGGUUCAAACCAUCGACUUCCAGACAGAAAUCCAACACACUCUGGAUUGGCUGCGGCAGAUGAAGGGAGACCUCAAUGCUGACUUGAACCUGGAUGUCAAUCUCCAGAGCGUCCAGGAGGAGAUCCGAAAAUCCCAGAUCCUUGAGGAAGAGGUGCAGUCAAGCCUACGGAUCAUGGCGGCUUUGAGCAGUAAAGAGAAAGAGAAGUACGCUGAGUCCAGGGAGCUGAUACCUCCAGAGGUGGAGAGCAACCUGCUGGAACUUUCUAAGCUCGAGGCUGAAGUCCAGGAGACCCUGAGCAGCAAGAAGACAACCCUGGAUAAGGUGCAGGUCCUGAUCCAGCAGUACCUGCGGGCAGUUCAGACUGCUGGCGGCUGGCUCGAUGAUGCCAGUGCCCUCUUACAGCAGACUGGAGAUGGGGUGGAUGUGGAGGGUUCGGAGGAAGCCUUGCGAAGGCACGUUGAGUUCUUUGCCACGGAAGCGUGCCUGGCCAGCCAGCUGGCAGAGUUGGAGGCGCUAAUGCCCAGCUUCCUGCCAUUGAUCAACACGGCAGGGAGAGAACACGUGGAAGAAAACUUGGCCUCGUUGCGACAAAGGGGAGCAGACACCGAGCAACAAGCUGAGGCUCAGCAGGCCAUUCUCCAAAGGUGUGUGACCCAGUGGCAUGCAUACCAGGAGGCCAGGCAACAAAUCAUUGCCCUGAUGAACCAAGCAGAGAAGAGGUUGUCGGAACUCUCUUCAGCCAAAGCCGCAACGAGCCAUGAAAGUGAAGAGAAGCUGACCCAACACAAGUCCUUGCUGUCGGUGGUGAACUCCUUCCAGGAGAAGAUCACUGCCCUGGAGGAACAAGCCUCACAUCUCGAGAGCCUGGGUAAUGAUGCUAGCAAGGCCACCAUCAGCAGAUCCAUGACCACAGUGUGGCAGCGUUGGACCCGACUCCGCACGGUCGCCCGGGAGCAGGAAAAGAUGCUGGAAGAAGCUGCAAGAGGCUGGAAAAACCUCACAGACAAGAUUGAGACGACGACUGUGGUAGUGGACCAGUUGCAGGAUCGACUCCCUGACAGCUCGGUUGAAAAGGCCCGUAAGACCGAGCUGCUCGAGCUCCUGGAGUACCAUGAUGCUUUUGCGCAGGAGGUGGAACGGGAGCAGUCCACUUUGACCGUGCUUCGACAACAAGCCUUAAACAUGCUCCGUGAUGUGGCUCUGCCUUCCACCUCUGUCGAGGACCUGCCUGUAAUGCAUGAGAUCAAAGCCAUGCAGGACAGAUACGACAAUGUGCGGCAGAAGAUAAGGAAGAGUAAGAAGAUGGUCCAACAGGAGCUAAAGGAGCGGGAGGAGGUGGAGAGUGAGUUAAAUGCUGUCAAACAGUGGCUUCAUGAGACAAGAGAGUAUCUGCUGAACCCGACGUCUGAUGCAGUUAUGGAGCUCCGAGAGCUAAAGGAACUUCACACAGAAGUAGCUGCUCGACAUCAGACUGUGGCACGACUGGGAGAUCGACAACGCAGUAAAUACCUGGAGCUUUACACUAUUCUGCCCUCUGAGCUCUCGGAGCAGUUGGCCGAGGUCACACUGGCCCUUGGAGCCAUCGAGGAACAGGUGAAUUUGAAAGAAGGAGAAGCUCAGCAGAUGCAGGCGGUGACCCUGGACUUUAACUGCAGGAUGCAGCAGAUCUCUGAUGAAUUGAACGAUAUCUCCAGAAAGCUGAAGGAGAAAGGAACCGAUAUUGUACAAGCCAAGAUUGAGCACAAGAGACUUUGGGACAAGCUGGAUAGCUGUAACGUGAAACUCGUAGAACUGGACGCAACGAUACAGGAUUUCAUAGAGCAGAACCCUCAACAGAGCAAGUGCCUGACUGACGACAUGACGAAGCUAUCGAGCCUUUAUCAGCAGGUCUUUAAGGAGACCGAGUACAGAGCUUCCAAACUUAACAAGGCGGCUUCGCAGUUGGAGGAAUUCCAUGAAAUGCUUGACUUUGUGCUGAAGUGGUUGGAGAAAGCCAAGAAUCUCGGCUACAGUGCCAUCAGCUGGCACUCCGCAGCUCAGCUCAAUGACCAACUGAUCACCUACCAGGUCACCCUCCGUGAAUCUGAGGAAAUCCAGAGUGAUCUGCAGGCCAUGAGUGAGAAGCUAGACAAUGUCAGUGAUGUGUAUCAGACGGGGACAAUGUCUCAGCGUGUGACCACACUCCGCCAGCAAACUGACAAGCUCCAGCAACUCAUGCGAACCCGCCUUCAGAGCCUGCAAGAUGCAGCGAAGGAUAUGGAGCAAUUUGAGACGGAGGUGAAGAGCUUGCAGGUGAUGGUGAAGCAAGCCCAAGUCACUUUGACCUCGCCUGAGCUUGCACGCCUGUGCCUGAAGGAACAACUCUUCCAAAGACAGAGGUUGCUGGCCGACAUGGAGAGCUUCAAGCACAAGGUGCAGGUGGUGCACCGCUAUCAGGCUGCCCUGCGAAUUCCGGAGGAAAUUGUCACCAAUCUGCCCAUCUGUCUGACAGCACUGAGGCUGCAGGAGCAGGCAAGUCGGUUACAGCACACUGCCAUCCAGCAGUGUAACAUACUGCAGGAAGCGGUGAUCCAAUAUGAACAGUGUGAGCAGGAAAUGCGGCAUCUCCAGCAGCUGAUCGAUCGAGCCCAUCGUGAGAUCCAGGAGAAACCUGUAUCCACGAGCAACAUCCAGCAGCUGCAGGCUCAGAUCUCCCGACAUGAGCAGGCGUUCGCCCAGAAGAUUAAGGACUACCAGGAGCAGAUCACUGCUCUGAAUACCAAGUGCAAGAUGCUGACCAUGAAGGCGAAACAUGCCACCAUGCUGCUGACCGUCACUGAGGUGGAGGGGCUCUCUGAAGGGAUGGAGGAGCUGGAUGGAGAAUCGAUGGCCACGCACUCAGCUCACCCGUCUGUGGUCAUGAUGACAGCCGGGCGCUGUCACACUCUCCUCUCACCUGUCACUGAGGAGUCUGGGGAAGAGGGGACCAACAGUGAGCUUUCCUCUCCAACAGCUUGUCGCUCUCCCUCACCUAAUGCUGAUGUGUCUGGUAACCAGGAUAGUGCUUUAGAUGCAGAGGAAUUGCAGACUGCAGCUCCUGAUUCUCAGGAUAUGGUCAGGGCGGCAUCACUGCAGGAACCAUUUGAAACCACCCUGGGAGACUCGACUUGCUCUAAGCUCGAUGACCUACAGCGCUCCUGGGAAACUCUGAAGAAUGUGAUCAGCGAAAAGCAGCGGACUCUAUAUGAGGCCCUUGAACGACAGCAGAAGUAUCAGGAUUCUGUGCAGUCUGUCUCAGCCAAGAUGGAGUCCAUUGAGGGGAAGCUAGGGGAGGCGCUCGAUGCAGGCAAGAGCCACAGUGUCCAGGUGGCCGCUCAUCAGGUGCUGAUGGAUGAGAUUGUGACACUCCAGGAUGAGAUCAAUGAACUACAGAUCUGUUUUGCUGAGGAACUAGUGUCUGACACUGUGGACACAGAUACUUCUGACCAGCUGGCCAUGCAGUCCACACUAAUGGUGCUCGCAGAGCGUAUGGCCACCAUAAAGAUGAAAGCACUGGGAAAGAAACAACUUCUUGAGGAGAGGCUGAAUGAACAGGAAGAGGAACAGCGUCAGGAGCAGGCUCUCCAAAUGUAUCGCAGUGAGGCCGAUGAACUGGACAAUUGGCUUCUAAUUACUAAGGCCAUGCUGGAUGCGACGCUGAAAGUUCCCAAGGAACAGAUGGACAUGGAUGAACAGCUCAAUGAUUGUCAGAACAUGUUGGUGGAGAUCGAACAGAAAGUGGCAUCUGUAUCAGAGCUCUCCAUGAACAGUGAGAACCUCCUUCUGGAAUGGAAGCCUCAGACCCGUGAACAAGCAGAGAACCUGAUUGAGAAACUCCGGAAUCUGAAGGGGAGCUUGGUGGAGCUGCAGAAAAUGCUGCAGGACAGAAGUAUCAAACAUGGUGUGGUGCAGGAAAGGGAGGAUGCAGAAACAGAUUUGACGUUCCACACCAGCCCCAGUGUCCAGGAGUGGCUGGUCCACGCUCAAGCUUCUCGUUACCAGCACCAGCAGAACUGCCGACAGCGACAGAAGGAGUUGGAGCAGCAGCUGGCGGAGCAGAAGAACCUGCUGCGCUCGGUGGCCAGCAGUGGAGAGAAGAUCAUGACCCAGCAGUGCAAUGUGGAGGCAGUCAGUGAUGAGCAGAAAGCACAGGCCAUUGAGACAGCGGAACCUGAAACCUUACCGCCGGAGCUCAGUUUUGAAGGAGAGAAGCUGUACGCCCUUCAGCUGCUCAGAGCCAAGUGGCAGAACCUGCAGAAGGAGAUCAGCAGCAAGCAGAAGCUGUUCAAAGCCGCGCUGGAGCAAAACCAGGAGCAAAAGCAGGUUUAUGGUCUGCCUGGAGCGGUGUCGACCAGUGUGGUCUUAUUCAAAGGGGAGGCUCAGACAUUGGACAAGUCUGUGCAGACAGCAAAAUCCCUCCUGAAUGGCCUGGCUCAGGCUUUCGGGGAAGUUUCCCCUCAGGGUAAAGGUGCCGAGGAGCAAAGCCUCCCACUGGAACAGAAGUUUUACGACGCCGUUUCAGUUACCUCUCGUUGGCUGGAUGGAGUUGAAGAUCACUUGCUGGUCAGUGAAAGUUGCCUCCCAGAGAAGGUUGAGACACACUUGUAUCAUGAGGAGGCUCUUGUGAAAGAUAUUCAGGAAGUAAUUGAAGAAGUCAAUGAGAAGAAGGAUGCCUUUUUCCAUAUUCUGCCUGAGCCCCCGAAUCAGGAUGUCAUUGAGGAAACGCUGAGCUGCCUGCAGGAAAGGCUUUGUGCGCUGGAGUUAAUGGUGAAGCAGCAGUGUGAGAAGAUCAAAGACCAGCUGCAGCAGCUGACUGAGUACCAGACUGAGCUGAAGCUGCUGAUCACCUCCCUGGCUGAUAGUAAAUACGUUGUCCUACAAAAACUAGCUGAGGCUUUGGAGCACACAGUCACAGAGCAACUGCAGGCUAUAUUGCAGGCAGAAGAUGACCUGAGGGAAUUUGAGACCCGUAUCGGCCAUUUGAAGGAGCGAGGAGAGAAGCUGCAGCCGGAUCAGGCUAUACUACUGGACCUCUCUAAAGUACAGGAUAUGUACGAAGAGUUGACGAUGAUCAUUGGAUCCAGCCACAGCUCCGUCAACCAGAGCUUGGCCCUGAGGGAGCAGUACGAACAAGCGCUGCAGGAUCUGGCCGAUCUAACUGACACAGGUCAAGAGAAGAUGUCACUGGACAAGAGGAUCCUGGUCACGUCCAAGGAAGAUGUCAAGAAUCUUCUGAAUAAGCACAAGGAAUUUUUCCAAGGGUUGGAAUCUCACAAAAUCCUCACGGAAACGCUUUGGAAAAAAGUAAGCUCCUGUAUCCACCAGAAAGAAAGCAGCUCCCAGCAGGAACUGAUGAGCAAGGCCUCAGCUUUACUGCAGGAGGCUCACAAGAAAGGUGUGGAACUAGAAAGCAUUUUUGAGACCUGGACUAACCUGGCGAGGGAUUACGAGGCUCUGUACAGACAACUGGAAGGGGUGGAGAACAGCAUUCCCGGUGCUGGUCUGGUGGAGGAAUCUGAAGAACGGCUCACCGAACGGAUCGCUCUGUAUCAGAGGCUGAAGAGCAGCUUGACUGAGCAUCAGCCGCAGCUGUACCAAGUUGUGGAAGACGGGAAGAAGCUUUUAGCCUGCAUCAGUUGUGCAGACCUGGAGGCUCAGAUAGCCCAGCUGGGGGAGCACUGGCUAUCCAGUACUACAAGAGUGAACAAGGAGUUACAUCGACUCGAAACUGUCCUGAAACACUGGAACAGGUACCAGGUUGAGUACACAGAGCUAAAUCUAUGGCUUCAGUCUGCAGUGGAGCGCCUGGAGUUCUGGAAGCUACAGUCAGUGACUCUCCCACAGGAGCUGGACACUGUCAGGGACCACCUUAGCUCGUUUCUGGAAUUUUCCAAGGAGGUUGACACUAAGUCCUCUCUCAAAUCAUCGGUGUUGAGUCGGGGAAAUCAGCUCCUGCGGCUCAAGAAGGUAGACACAGCCACCUUGCGAUCUGGGCUGGCCCAGACGGACAACCAGUGGACAGAGCUCCUCACUCAAAUCCCCUUGGUCCAAGAGAAGCUACACCAGCUCCAGAUGGAGAAAUUACCUUCACGUACAGCCAUCAAUGAGCUUAUGAACUGGAUCUCACUCACGGAGCAAAUCCUUGAAGAAGAUGAUGAGAAAGUCAAAAGUGCUGUGGGUUCACAGGUGAUAGAACAAUACCUCAAGAAGUACAAGGCUUUCAAGAUUGACUUGGCGUGUAAGCAGCUGACGGUGGACUUUGUGAACCAGUCAGUGUUACAGAUCAGUAGUCAUGAUGUGGAGAGCAAGCGCAGUGACAAAACUGAUUUCGCUGAACGCCUUGGAGUAAUGAACAAGAGGUGGCAACUGUUGCAAGGACGUAUCACUGAGCAGAUUGGGUCGUUGGAAGGCUCUCUAGAAUCGUGGACGGAAUAUGAGAAGAAUGUCCAGUGCUUGAAAGACUGGUUUGAAUGUCAGGAAGACAAAAUGAAGAAGUGGCACUCAAUCAGUGACCUAGCCUCUGUCCAUUCUGCAUUGAAGGAUUGCCAGGAGCUAGAAGAUGUUAUCCGAGUGAAAGAGAAGGAAGUGGAGAAAGUCGAGAAAAGUGGCCUGCUGCUGAUACAGAACAAGAAGGAAGAGGCUUCCAACAGUGUUAUGGAAACAGUCCGAGAACUUAAUCAUUCCUGGGCUCAUCUAGACCACUUGGUUGGCCAACUGAAGAUUACUCUGCAGUCCUUGCUGGACCAGUGGAAUAUUUACAAGGCAGCCCAUGAGGAGAUCAAUGGCCACUUGAUGGAUGCCAGGUACUCUCUUUCACGUUUCCGUUUGCUGACUGGCUCUCUGGAAGCUGUGAAAAUCCAGGUGGACAACUUGCAGAACCUUCAAGAGGAACUGGAAAAGUCGGAGUGCAGCCUGCAGAAGUUUGACUCUGUGUCUAAUCAACUCCUCAAGGAGUGUCAUCCACCAGAUAAUAGCUCAUUGACAGCUAAUCUCAAUGAGGUUAAUACAGGCUGGAAUAAUUUGCUUCAAGAUAUCGGGGAGCAGCUUCACUCAAGCAAGGUUCUACUUCAGCUCUGGCAGAAGUACAGGGAUUACUCAGGCCAGUGCUCAGCUACAGUGCGACAGCAGGAGGACAAAAGCAAUGAGCUGAUUAAGAAAGCUGUGAACAGAGACAUUGCUGAGGAGGAGGUUACACAUUGGAUUCAGGACUGUGAUGCGCUGUUGGAAGAGUUGGGAAAACUGCGGGAUUCUCUUCACACCCUCUCUGACCUUGGAGAAGAGCUGAGGGGGAAGGUGGACCCUUCAGCUGCAGCUGCUAUUCAAUCUGACCAGCUUUCCCUCAGCCAGUGGUUGUUGUCUCUGGAACAGGCUCUCAGCAGGCAGCGGAGUGUGCUACAGGCUGGCAUUCACGAUUACGAGGUGUUCAGCAAGAGGCUGGAAGCCCUGGAGAAGUGGAUUGUGGAGGCUGAUGACGUUCUGAAAUCGCAGGACCCCAACCGAUCGUCUGAUCUGACUAUAAUCCAGGAUAGAAUGGAGGAGCUCAAAGUCCAAAUGCUGAGGUUUAGCAGUACCGUCCCUGACUUGGAUCGCCUGAAUGAGUUGGGAUACAGGUUACCCCUGAAUGAUAAAGAGAUCAAACGCAUGCAGACAUUGAACAGACACUGGUCCUCGAUUUCUGCUCAGACCACUGAGAGGUUUAGCAAACUGCAAGCAUUCCUGCUUCAGCAUCAGACGUUCUUGGAGAAGUGUGAAACCUGGAUGGAGUUCUUGGUCCAAACUGAGCAAACACUGGCGGUGGAGACUUCCGGAAACUACCAAAGCCUCCUAGAGCAGCAGAGAGCCCACGAGUUGUUCCAGACAGAGAUGUUCAGCCGUCAGCAGAUCCUGCACUCCAUCAUCAGUGACGGACAGCGCCUCCUGGAGCAAGGCCAGGUUGAUGACAGGGAUGAGUUUAACUCGAAGUUGGCCAUGCUGAGUAACCAGUGGCAGGGGGUGAUUCGGCGGGCACAGCAGCGGAGGGGCAUUAUUGACAGCCAGAUCCAGCAGUGGCAGCGUUACCGGGAGCUGGCGGAGAAGCUGAGGAAGUGGCUGUUGGAUAUAUCCCAGCAGCUAGGGCAGAGGUGGGGCAGUGCAGCACCCAUUGCCCUACAGCAGGCCCGAAGCCUGUUGGAUGAGGCGCAGUUGAAGGAGAAGGUGCUGCAGCGUCAGCAGGGGAGUUAUAUCCUGACGGUGGAGGCUGGGAAGCAGCUCCUGCUGUCUGCGGACAGUGAGGCCGAGGCUACCCUGCAGACUGAGCUCACUGACAUGCAGGACCAAUGGCGGGCGGCCCAUAUUCACCUGGAGGAACAGCGGAAGCAGCUGAACCUGCUGCUGAAGGACUGGGAGCGGUGUGAGAAAGGAAUCGCAGAUUCUCUUGCCAAGCUGAGGUCUUUCAAGAGAAAGCUUUCGCAGCCCCUCCCUGAUCAUCACGAUGAGCUACACACGGAGCAGAUCCGAUGCAUGGAACUGGAAAGCUCUUUUGGAGGGUGGACCGAUGACCUUGCCCACCUCUCCUUUCUGAAGGAAACCUUAACCAGCUACAUUCGCGCCGAUGAUAUCUCACUGCUUCAGGAGCGGAUUGAGCUGCUGCACAGGCAGUGGGAUGAGCUGUGUUAUCAGGUAACAUUGCGCAGACAGCUGGUCACAGAGAAGUUGAAUGAGUGGGUGCUAUUCAAUGAGAAAAACAAGGAGCUGUGUGAGUGGCUGACCUUAAUGGAAAGCAAAGUAUCACAGAACGGAGACAUCAGCAUCGAGGAGAUGAUUGAGAAACUGAACAAGGACUACCAGGAGGAGAUUGCUGCAACAAGUGAGAACAAAAUGCAGCUGCAACAAAUGGGCCAGAGACUGAUCCGAGCCAGUCACGAGAGUAAAGCGUCUGAGAUUGAAUACAAACUGGGCAAGGUCGAUGAUCGCUGGCAGCAUCUGUUGGACCUGAUCGGCGCCAGAGUGAAGAAGCUGAAGGAGACGCUGGUCGCUGUCCAGCAACUGGACAAGAACAUGAGCAGCCUGCGAACUUGGCUCGCCCAGAUUGAAACUGAGCUGUCAAAACCCAUCGUCUACGAUUCCUGUGAUUCCCAGGAGAUACAGCAUAAGCUUGCAGAGCAACAGGAGUUGCAGCGGGACAUUGAGAAGCACAGUACAGGCGUGGCUUCGGUCCUCAAUCUCUGUGAGGUGCUGCUGCAUGAUUGCGAUGCCUGUGCUACAGAAACGGAGUGUGACUCCAUCCAGCAGGCCACCAGGAACCUGGACCGCCGGUGGAGGAAUAUCUGCGCGAUGUCCAUGGAGAGACGGCUCAAGAUUGAGGAGACCUGGCGAUUGUGGCAGAAGUUUCUGGAUGAUUAUUCUCGCUUCGAAGACUGGCUUGAAACAUCAGAGCAGACGGCGUCGAUGCCUAAUUCCUCUGAGGUUUUAUACACAGUGGCCAAGGAGGAGCUGAAGAAGUUCGAGGCAUUUCAACGGCAGGUCCACGAGAGCCUGACCCAGUUAGAGCUGAUCAACAAGCAGUAUCGGAGGCUAGCCCGUGAAAACCGCACGGACUCUGGCAGUAAACUCAAAGACAUGGUCCACGAGGGGAACCAGCGUUGGGACAAUCUGCAACGGAGGGUCACAGCCAUCCUCAGGAGACUGAAACACUUUAUUGGUCAGCGAGAGGAGUUUGAAACCACGCGCGAGAGUUUCUUGGUCUGGUUGACAGAGAUGGACCUGCAACUGACCAACAUCGAGCACUUCUCCGAAUGUGACGUUCAGGCCAAAAUCAAACAGCUAAGGGCCUUCCAGCAGGAGAUAGAUCUCAACAUGAACCGAAUCGACCAGCUGUUUGCUCACGGAGAGUGGCUCAUUAAGAAGAGUGAGCCAGUGGAUGCUGCAAUCAUCGAGGAAGAACUGGAGGAACUUCACCGGUACUACCAGGAGGUCUUCGGACGAGUGGACCGAUACUACAAGAAGCUGAUGCAGCUUCCGCUGACUGACGAUGAGCAUGAGACAUCAGAUCGGGAAGCAGAAAUAGAUGAUAACAGUGAAUUCUCCAACAUGCAGUGGCUGGAUAGAGCUGCGGACAGUGUGGGAACCCCACCGCUGGCUCUGAGCCGGGGCACCGGUCUCCCACAGCCCAAGGACACUCGGUCAGGGCGGGAUACCCCAGCCAGCGUCGACUCAAUUCCCCUGGAGUGGGACCAUGAUUACGACCUGAGUCGGAACUUGGAGAGUGCAGUGUCACGUGCGCUGGAGGAUGCGGAGGAUGGCACCGCGGAGGAAGACAGCGAUUUCUACCUCAAAGGAGCGGCUGAAAUCACAGAUGUAGUCAUCCCCGAAAGCCCUGAGGCCUACCUAAAACUGACAGAAAGUGCUUUGAGAUCCACUGGAGAGCCCGGCCACUUGGAGAAGCAAAUCCGCCAGCUUGACAAAGCCCUGGACAGCAGCCGCUACCAUCUGCAGCAAACGGAAAAUGCUAUCCGCAGCAAGACUCCCACAGGCCCCGAGUUGGACUCCAGCUACUGGGGCUAUAUGAAGCUGCUUUCGGAAUGCCGUGGUAGUAUUGAGACUGUGAAAAGGGUGGGACAUAAACUCAAAGAGGAGGAAGACAAGCUCUCUGGCUUAAUUAACCUGACGAGCACAGAAUCACAGACUUCAGGUGUGAUUGAACGCUGGGAGCUGAUCCAAGCCCAGGCCCUUAACAAGGAGCUGAGAAUGAAACAGAACCUUCAGCAGUGGCAGCAGUUCAACUCUGACCUGGAUAGCAUCUGGGAGUGGCUGAGUGAGACUGAGGAAGAGCUGGAGCAUCUCAGCAAAUUGGACGUCAGCACCGACAUCCAGACCAUCGAGUUGCGUAUUAAAAAGCUCAAAGAAUUACAAAAAGCAGUUGACAACCGCAAAGCGAUCAUCUUAUCCAUUAACCUGUGCAGCGCUGAGUUCACCCAGUCAGACACGAGUGAUGCGCUGGAACUCCGUGAGCGAUUGAGUCAGAUGAACAAGCGUUGGGACCAGGUUGGCAGCCUGCUGGAGGCUUGGCGUCACACUCUACAGGAUGCCCUCAUGCAGUGCCACGAUUUCCAUGAGAUGAGCCACGGCCUCCUGCUCUGGCUGGAGAACAUAGACAGAAGGAGGAAUGAAAUUCUCCCCCUCGACCCCAACCUGGACUCGGACACACUGCAGGACCAUCACAAGACAUUGUUGCAAAUCCGACGCGAGCUGCUGGAGUCCCAGCUGAAAGUCGCAUCACUGCAGGACAUGUCCAGCCAGCUGCUGGUCAAUGCAGAGGGGAGCGAUUGCCUUGAAGCAAAGGAGAAGGUUCAUGUCAUUGGCAAUCGCCUCAAGCUUCUCUUGAAAGAGGUCACCCAUGACCUAAAGGAGCUGGAGAGAAUCUUGGACAACUGCAGCAGUCAGGUGGACCUGGUGUCGUGGUCUUCAGCUGACAACUUGGACUCCUCAGGCUCUGUCAGCCCUGUGUGUAGCAGAAGUUUACCCGUUCGACCCAGACUGCCACGGGGCAAAUGUAGCCUCUCCCAGCCUGGAGCCUCUGUCAGCAGCCCACACAGCAGGCUCCACAAAGAAAGCCGAAGCGAUUCUUCCCGUUCUAAGGAAUCAGAAGCGCAGAAGAGGCCGUCCUUUCUCCUGCGAGUGCUUCGAGCAGCGUUACCCCUGCAGUUAUUGUUGCUGAUGCUGAUCGCUCUGGCCUGCCUGGUGCCAAUGACUGAGGAAGACUAUAGCUGUGCUACGUCCAACAACUUUGCCCGAUCCUUCCACCCCAUGCUGAGGUACACCAAUGGCCCCCCUCCAAUAUGACCAGUGGAAGAGAGAUUUGAGGAAUGGCACCAUCUCCAGAAGCAGUUCGUCAUCGGAAGGGGGAAAGGCAGGCUUGGCUGCUUUAGGGCUCUCCACACCAUUGGCUGCUCUGCGCGAUGUCCUUCGAAACCACUCAGGUCAAACUGAAGUCACAAGACGGGCGUGAAAGUAACCAGUCCACACUCCCAGAUCCAGGAUUCAAAGAGAAACAUGUAAAAUACAAAUUUAAAUAACUUUUUAAUGAGCAGUUAUUUUCUACAGUGUUCGCUUUAGGCAUGGCCUUGUACAGUUUGAGCUUUCAAACUGAACGAUGUACAUCUGGAAGAGAGUCUGCGCUGGAUAGUAUUGAGAUGUAAGUAAAAUUUCAGGCAGUGUUGGUGAGACAAUUAUUGGAUGUAAACAAAAAUUGAACAGAUUAUUUGUGUACAGAUUGUCAAAGCUAUUUUAUGUUUUAAUAUUACCCCUUGCAUUUAUUACACACGCUGAUCAUUUUUACGUUGUGAGCUGCUUUUGAGAAACAUGCACGGAAUAAAUACUUCCCUUUCUCAAUUUUCCUUUGUGGGAGGCGGCAUGGAUGUGUACAUAGGAUAUAAAUAUAAAUGCUUCUACAACCUGAACCUCUUGCUUUACGCAAUGGGUGGGGCACGUGUUUGUAGCAAUUCCAAAGUGAAUCAGGUGAUGAGAUUUGAAACAAGGGAGGCCGCUUGAACAGUAUCACUCCUGUUUGACUGCUCUGCUUGUCUAAUUGUGGCAUGUUCCGACAAUGGUCAAACCAUAGCACGCUUUUUUUUCUAUUCAAAAGCAGCCUUGUGUGUCUACAAUUAAUAAUAUGAAAGCUGGUUCUUUUUGGUAUACAGCAGAAAGCUGGGUCUCUCAUUAAAGGACCUUCUUCUUUCA